AAAAAGAUGACUGAGGAGAACCCAGAAGAAGACCAUGAAUCUCCUGAAGGAGCUGAAACAAAUCCAGAAAACCCUUCUUUGAAGAACAACAGCAUCAACAAUAAAGAACAAGACCGGUUUCUUCCAAUUGCUAAUGUCGGAAGGAUCAUGAAAAAGGUUCUUCCCGGUAACGGUAAGAUCUCAAAAGAUGCCAAAGAAACCGUUCAAGAAUGUGUAUCAGAAUUUAUCAGCUUUGUUACUGGUGAAGCUUCUGAUAAGUGUCAAAGAGAGAAAAGGAAAACCAUCAAUGGAGAUGAUAUCAUUUGGGCCAUUACCACUCUUGGUUUCGAAGACUAUGUGGCUCCAUUAAAGAUCUAUCUCGGGAAAUACCGAGAAACUGAAGGAGAGAAAGUCAAUAGCCCAAAACAAAGACAUCAACAACAACAACCGCAGGAUAAUCAUCAUUUCCAGUUUCAAGAACAAGACCAUAACAACUUUUCAUGUACUAGUUACAUCUCUCAUCAUCAACCUUCUCCAUUUUUGCCCGCAGAUCAUCAACCUUUUCCAAAUCUCCCUUUCUCUCCUAAAUCAUUGCAAACACAGUUCCCGCAACAGCAUGAUAACACUGAUUCCGUUGGACAGUGGUCAGUGUAAAACUUUUUUUUUAUAAAUUUUUUUUUUUGUUUUAUAUAUUAUUAUAUUUUAUUGUUUCCGGUACAUCUUAUAUUGUUGCAAUAACACAUUAGAUACGUACACGGUACAUCUUGACAUU